AAGAACAACAAAUUACCUAUUUUCUACUGAGAUCCUUUCCCGAAAAUCCAAUCUUGGAGAAGAUUUUGGAGCAAAAUUCGGAAAUCUGAAAUUCAAACUCAAGUCAUGGAAUUCGGCGCUUCAAUUCUAUAGAUACCAUACGUAUCUCUCUCGCUCUUCCCGCAAAUUAUCCGAGGGAACGUAGAGUGAGGGGAAAGGGGUAGAUGGAGUGCAACAGAGAUGAGGCCGUGAGAGCGAAGGAAAUUGCCGAGAGGCUGUUUUCGGAAAGGGACAUGAAGGGGGCGAAGAAGUUGGCUCUCAAAGCUCAGAAUUUGUAUCCUGAACUAGAGGGCAUUUCUCAAAUGGUGAUGACGCUUGAGAUCUAUAUUGCUGCUGAAGAGGAGAAAUUGAAUGGAGAGUCGAAUUGGUAUGGCGUGCUUGGUUUGACACCUUUAGCUGAUGAUGACUCGAUAAAGAAACAGUAUCGGAAACUGGCUCUUCAGCUUCAUCCUGAUAAAAACAGAUCUGUCGGGGCUGAAGGGGCGUUUCAGUUUAUCGCCCAAGCGUGGAAUUUAUUGUCGGAUAAGUCCAUGAGGACAGCGUACGAUCAGAGGUGCGGUAGGCUAUUUCAGCAGAGAAAUAAAGGUAAGAAUGAGGGUCCUUCACCAGAGGGAGCGCAAAAUGGAUUCUACAACUUUGCAAACACUGCUCAAAAGGGUAACAACAGUAAAAGGAAUCCUUCAGCUGUUCCUAAUCCACCUCGCAAGAAGGAACGCCACACAUUUUGGACGGUCUGCCAUCGUUGUAAAAUGCAAUAUGAAUAUCUUAGAAUGUAUCUCAAUCACAACCUUCUCUGCCCCAAUUGCCAUGAGGCCUACUUUGCAGUUGAAAUUAAUCCUCCAUCUUCUACGAAGAGUUCUAAGAUACCUCAGUCAAGCAAUUCUCAGCGACGGAAGAGCCAGCAGGCAUCUGAUGCUUGUAAAAACACUCAUCACGCAACAGGCAAUAAUGGGUCCAAUCCGAAUAAUUUCCAGUGGGUCCCUUUUGGUGAGAACGGUGAUGGCCCAUCUGCUGUUAAAGCUGCUAAAAUGGUCCACCAGGCUUAUGAGAAAGUCAAACGGGAAAGGCAGAAAGCACAAGCUGCUGCAAGAAAAGAGGAGGCAUUGCGACGGAAAAAUGUUGGGUCCAAAAGGACAAUGGGUGGGGAAGCCUUGAGGAACUCUGAACCUUCCAAGAGAAGAAAAGGGGCAGAAGAUUGUGGUGUCAAUAAAGACAAAAUGAAACAGGCGAACUGCGAAAGUGGCAUCUCACAGCAAGUAAAUAUUUCUGGCUGUAAGCAGGAUAAUUUUCCAAAUUGUGAAAGCAGUCAUAAUGCCAUACGCCAUGUUGAUGCCAACCAUCUAGUGAUGGAGAAGGCUCGUGAUGAAAUACAAAUGAAACUCAAGGAGUGCAUCUCAGCUCCUGUGGUGAGGAAUGUGACCAGUGAGGAUAACCUUAUAAAUAAGAAACAAAAUGAAAGUUCAACCAAAGCUGAUAUUCUUGGCCCUCUGAAUAGAUGGGGUUUCAGUUCUUCGGACUCUUAUCCGGAUGAGAAAUUGGUUGAACAAAUGUUCAUCGAUGUCCUGGAACCUGAUUUCCAUGAUUUUGAUAAGAGCAGAACAGAGGACUGUUUUGGUGCCAACCAAGUUUGGGCUGUGUACGAUGAUGAUGACGGGAUGCCCCGGAACUAUGCCCUGAUUCAGAAUGUUAUAUCUCUAAAUCCCUUCAAGGUGACUAUAAGCUGGCUCAAUUCCACAACCCACAGCAGACUCGGACAAGGAAGCUGGUUUGUAAGUGGUUUUACGAGUACAUAUGGGGAGUUUGGAGUCGGCAGACAUGAAAUUUGUGACUCAAUAAACUGUUUCUCACACCAGGCCAGGUGGACAAAAUACUCUUCUAAGACCAUUUUAAUAUAUCCUCGAAAAGGAGAUGUUUGGGCUUUGUACAGGAAUUGGUCCCCGGAGUGGAAUGAGCUCACCGAACAAAGAUUAAUGCUCAAAUACGACUUGGUUGAAGUACUUGAAGACUGCGAUGAGGAGCUGGGCACAAUAGUCAUUCCCUUACUUAAAGUUGCUGGCUUUAAAGCUGUUUUCCAUCAGCAUUUCGAUCCCAGGGAAAUACGAAGGAUCCCGAAGGAAGAACUUUCUUGUUUUUCUCACCAUGUCCCUUCCCAUUUGCUUACAGGCCAAGAAGGAUCAAAGUCGCCUAAAGGUUGUCUUGAGUUGGAUCCAGCUGCCAUUCCUCCUCAAUUUCUUCAAGUUAUGUCGGACAUUGAAACAAUUGAGCUAGUGGAGAGUGAUGAGGAGAUCGACACAGUGAAGGAAGUUGAUUGUAUUGAGGAGAUCGAAACAGGGAAGGCAGUUGAUUGUAUUGAGGAGAUCGAAACAGGGAAGGCAGUUGAUUGUGAUGAGGAGAUGGAAACAGUGAAGGCAGUUGAUUGUGAUGAGGAGAUCGAAACAGGGAAGGCAUUUGAUUGUGAUCCUAUUACCAAUUCAAAUGUGGUAGAAGUUUCAGAAGAUGAGAAAAUGGAAUGUCCUUAGUUUAGUGCAUGGUAGAGAUCAAGCAUCAGAUAUUAAAUAUGGCCCGGGCAAAAGCUAGACAUUUCUAGCUGAUUGUUUUAUUCGUGUUGGUCAUAUAUUCGCUGCAGGAGAAUAUAUAUAGCGAACGAACCAAUGUAUAGAGACGCAUUAGGAUGCUGAAACACAUCAUGAAGAGCUAUGAAGAUUUUCUGGAUCCUUACCUUUCUUGGUCUUUUUUUGUCAUGCCAACACAGUGCUGGAAUUGCACGAACUGCGUGGCCUUGUGUUUCGCGACUCAACAGGUAUGUAGGCGGGAGGCUGUAUAUACUAGUGGUUGCUAGUCUGAGAUUUAUGAAGCAACUCUUGUUCAUUACUACUAUAGUGUUAACAUGCCAUACCUCUUUUUUCUAUUUAGAUUUUGAUCAUUUUCUUCAAUAUUUCAUGUUCAAACAGUGUUGAAAUACUGUGGCUUUGAUCUGCAAAGCGAAACUACUUAACUGUA